CGAGGGAUUCAUCAUCGUGAUCAAAAUCAACCACAAUACAAUCAAGUACAAGUCUCAYAAAGAAACUAGAUCAAAAUAAGUAAAUAUGGCUGAAUCUGAUUGGGAUUCUGUUACGUACCUUAAGAAAAGAACUCCAAGAGCAGCAGAGAUGCGUUCAAAACAGGCGAUAGCAUCGGCACAAAGACAUGGCCAAGGGGUCGAAACAACUGAAAAAUUCUUUGCAGGUGGAAACAAACAACAUUCAGCAAACAAAGACACAGCAAAACUGGACAGAGAAACGGAGGAAUUACAUCAUGAAAGAGUGGCACUGGAUGUUGGCAAACUGAUUCAACAGGGAAGACUUGGAAAGAAGCUAACACAAAAAGAGCUUGCUACAAAAAUCAAUGAAAAACCAAAUGUUAUAAUCGAAUACGAACAAGGAAAAGCAAUUCCAAACAAUCAAAUCCUGGGCAAGAUUGAAAGAGUAAUUGGAAUAAAACUCCGUGGAAAGGACAAAGGAAAAACAUUUGAACAAGGCGGCAAGGGCAAAAAAUGACAGGCUACUAGUUAGUUCACAUUAACCUUGUGGAAUACUAAAUAAGAGAAAAUAUCCUUUGCUCUAUUCAAUUUCAUGCUACAAAAUAGCUGCUUGCAUUUUAUGCAAGAAUAUAUUAAGCAAUAGCUGGACUGUCCUGUAUAAAAUAAAGUUCUUCAUAAUCUAUCAGUAUUAGCCAAACCUGUACUACAAGUAAUUAAUUAUCCAGCCAUGCAAGCAUGUUCCUUGUUGAAGUAGCUUUAAUUGCCAAUAAUAAAGGAUGAUUUGAAAAACUCUUUAUCAA